GGGCGGCCCUGGAGGCGGGAACGGAGCGGUCCGUGAAGGGGGCGCCGCUGUCCCGCCCCGGAAGUGCGGGGUUGCCAUGGGUCGGGCGGUUUGUGUGGCGGCAUGCGCCCUCAACCAGUGGGCUCUGGAUUUCGAGGGUAACGCCGAGAGGAUCCUGCGAAGUAUUAGCAUCGCUAAGAGCAAAGGAGCUAGAUACCGGCUCGGUCCAGAGCUCGAAAUUUGUGGUUAUGGCUGUGCGGAUCAUUACUACGAGUCCGAUACGCUCCUGCAUUCUUUCCAAGUGCUGGCAAAGCUUUUGGAGUCUCCAGCUACUCAGGAUAUUAUCUGUGACGUGGGAAUGCCCCUUAUGCACAGAAACGUUCGCUACAAUUGCCGAGUGAUCUUUCUAAAUAAAAAAAUUCUUUUGAUUAGACCGAAAAUAUCAUUGGCAAAUGCAGGAAACUAUAGAGAACUUCGAUGGUUUACCCCAUGGAACAAAGCAAGGCAUGUAGAGGAAUAUCUUCUGCCAAGGAUAAUUCAGGAAGUGACAGGACAGGACACUGUUCCUUUUGGGGAUGCAGUGCUAGCAACCAAAGACACCUGUCUAGGGACAGAAAUAUGUGAAGAGCUCUGGGCGCCAAACAGCCCCCAUAUUGAAAUGGGACUUGAUGGUGUGGAAAUUUUCACUAACUCUUCAGGGAGUCACCAUGUGCUGCGGAAGGCUCAUACCCGCGUGGAUUUGGUGAAUUCUGCCACAGCAAAGAAUGGUGGAAUAUAUAUUUUGUCUAACCAGAAAGGUUGUGAUGGUGAUCGUCUGUAUUACGAUGGGUGUGCCAUGAUUUCUAUGAAUGGAGAGACAGUUGCACAAGGAUCUCAAUUUUCACUUGACGAUGUGGAGGUGCUGGUUGCCACACUGGACUUGGAAGAUGUUCGAAGUUACAGAGCAGAGAUUUCAUCUCGUAACUUGGCAGCAAGCAAAGUGAAUCCCUUUCCCAGGAUAAAAGUGAACUUUGCUCUGUCAUGUUCUGAUGAUCUAGCUGUACCUAUUUGUGUGCCAAUCCAGUGGAGGCAUCAUAGUCCCGAGGAGGAGAUCUGCCUUGGUCCUGCAUGUUGGCUCUGGGACUAUUUAAGGCGCAGCAAACAGGCAGGAUUUCUUCUACCUCUUAGUGGUGGAAUUGACAGCUCUGCUACAGCUUGCAUAGUGUACUCCAUGUGCCACCAGGUUUGCUUGGCAGUCAAGAAUGGAAAUGCAGAGGUGCUGGCUGAUGCACGCAAGAUUGUGCAUGAUGAGAGCUAUGUCCCUGAGGAUCCUCGAGAGUUUUGCAAGCGUGUCUUUACCACUUGCUAUAUGGCUAGUGAGAACUCCUCCCAGGACACUCGCAACAGGGCUAAACUUCUGGCUGAGCAAAUAGGCAGCUAUCACAUCAAUCUGAACAUCGAUGCGGCUGUGAAAGCUAUUGUGGGAAUUUUCAGCAUGGUGACAGGGCGAACUCCCUGUUUUUCUGUCUAUGGGGGGAGCAGCAGAGAAAAUCUGGCGCUGCAGAAUGUGCAGGCUAGAGUAAGAAUGGUCCUUGCCUACCUGUUUGCUCAGCUGACACUCUGGACUCGUGGGAUGCCAGGGGGGCUUCUGGUGCUAGGAUCAGCCAAUGUGGAUGAAAGUCUUCGAGGUUACUUGACAAAGUAUGAUUGUUCAAGUGCUGAUAUCAAUCCCAUUGGUGGAAUCAGCAAGACUGAUCUGAAGAACUUCAUACAGUAUUGCAUCGAGAACUUCCAGCUCACAGCCCUCAGAAGUAUCAUGGCAGCUCCACCUACUGCAGAGCUAGAGCCCCUGGUGGAUGGACAAGUGUCUCAAACUGAUGAGGCAGAUAUGGGGAUGACAUACGCAGAGCUCUCAAUUUAUGGUAAAUUAAGGAAGAUUGCAAAGGCUGGACCGUACAGUAUGUUUUGUAAGCUGAUUACUUUGUGGAAGGAAAUCUGUACUCCAAGGGAGGUGGCAUCGAAGGUUAAGCAUUUCUUCAGGAUGUAUUCAGUGAAUAGACAUAAAAUGACCACCCUCACUCCUUCCUACCAUGCUGAAAACUACAGCCCAGAUGACAACCGAUUUGACCUGAGGCCUUUCCUUUAUAACACCACCUGGUCCUGGCAGUUUAGAUGUAUAGAUAAACAGGUGUCCCGUCUAGAAAAAAGGGAAGGAAUAUCUGUAGCUGAAGAUAUGGACUGAUUUGCUUUCUUGUUUAAUACUGGUAAUUAAUUUGUCAAAGAAUUGUUGAAGUGAUCAUUGUAAAUGGUAUUUACAAUCAAGCUGUUUUUUUCCCCUCUUUGAGUUGUCUCUGGUUUGUUCCCUGUACACUUAAGCCCUAGUUUAGCUAAAGAAUCAUUCAUUAGGGAUGAGCACUUCAUUUAAUUGCCUUUAAUUGAAAAUGUUCGGAUAAGCUCAUCAAACACAAAAGCAGGGAGUCUGGUGAAAAUGUAUACAUACGAGUAUUGAUUGGUUCUAGUUGGUCGGAAGUGAUUUGUGAGUAAUAUCCAACUGAAAGAAUAAAUCUUAAAACAGCUCUGGCAUGUGCUGUUGAGGGGAGGGGAAAAUCAUUUCACUUGCUAAUAAAGUUCUAAUUUUGUAAUUUA